UUAUUCAAUUUUCAGAAGUUAAUUAUGGCUACUGAGGGAGACCCAACUGGCUUUGUGAAAGUGCUUCACCUUCUGGUGAUUUCUUUCAUCUGGGGAAUGCAGGUGUGGGUGUCUUUCAUAGCAGGUUUUGUGCUGAUUUCCCAGGUAUCCAUGCACACGUUCGGUCUUGUGCAAAGCAAGUUAUUCCCAUUUUAUUUCUAUUGUCUGCUGGGUGGAAAUGCAGUCAGUCUGGCCAUAUUUGCUGUGUACCACCCUAGAGAACUGCUGGACUGGCAUGAGGGCAUACAGAUGACUCUUUUCUUUGUGGCCGUGAUCCUGGCCGGCCUGAACGCGCAGUGGUUUGGUCCAUCUGCCACAGAGAGCAUGCUGGUCAUGCAGGAGAUCGAGAAGGAACACGGUCUGGGAAAUCAGGUGGGUAUGAGCUCCAAUAAGGAAGGCUACGCCAAACUCCGUGAGCAGGACCCGAAAUACAAGGAGCACAGGACCACCUUCUACCGCUACCACGGUCUGUCCAACCUCUGCAACCUCAUAGGCUUUUUCUCCACUACCGUCAAUCUCAUUUACCUGGCCCUCCAUUUGGGAACUAUAUGAGUGUGUUGUGUGUCUUUGAGAAAGAGUGCAGUCUGACAGAUAUUUUUAGAGAAUUAUCCUGUAUAUGUUCUCUCU